CUGGCGGCACCGCACAUUAGACUUGCUGCUUCUCAGAGACCCGCCUCGGGAGUUUCCCGGGCCUUCGGCUUAGGGAGGUGGGUUAACUGGGUGGCCUAGUUCCGAAAGGACGGGCUCCUGACGCCGGCUCUGAAACCUGGUGAGCCCGGCGGGCUGUCUCUCCGUCCCCAACGCAGGCCACACGCUCACCUCACUUUCGUUCGCUGCUUCCUCUCCUGAGCCUUUCUACUUCGUUCACAUCCUUGUGCUUAAGAGUCCCGGUUCGGCCGGUGCUAAAUCCUCUUGUUAAAAAGUAUCCGUCAGCCUUAAACCCCUAAAUUUCUCUGGAGACACCUCCAAGGCAAUGGUAACAUAAAAUCCGUUUCUGCAGAGGAAGCUUUGUGGGGGACAUUUUCCACCAGAAAUCCACUUCGUUUUUUUAAAGCCCAUUUAUGCGACUACUUCCAAAGUACCCUGGCUCCUUUGAGUCGGUGCACACUGUGGCAGAAGUGGAGGAAGCCCAUAUCGGUAAAAGAGUUUUUACCAUGUUAGUGGAAAUCUUCCAUGUCUCCAUAGCUUCCCACUUUCGUCUCUGUUAAAUGCAUUUCGUUUGUUUAAGUGUGAAUUUUGCUUCAGUUUUUAUUCCUUUCAUAACCCCAGGAAAACAACGGCACGUGUUCUCUUUCACUGCCAGAAGCGAUGGUUGUAUCAUAUUGACAACUUUGAAGCCUUCGGGAAGUGUUUCAGAGGACAGCAAAAUGAAUAACAGAGCAGGUUCCUUUUUAUGCAGCCUCAGACCAUUUAGUACUUUAUCUCCAACAAGCAGAACUGUGAGGCUGUAUCCUUCAGGAUUUUGCAGACCAAAAGUUGUUUAUUCAAACUGGAACCCAAAAAACCUUCUCUUAAAAAACUUUGAUAACAGAAUGCAGUCAUCUUUUAGAUAUCUCUUUCAGGAUGCCUCGAUUUUUAAAUCAGGAGAUGAUGACUCUCAAACAAAGGGCAUAAACACUGUAACAACCCUUAGAGUAAACAGGCUACUCAGUCCUAGAAGACUGUCCCUUGACUCAAAAGAGUUUCCUGUCUCAGAUAACGGACUGAAGAAAAUGCACUUUCAUCAUGAGGCCUCUAAUGAAGAUGUUCCCACCAAGGAAACAAAACCUACUCCUGUCAGCCUUAAAAAACUGUCUCAGGAGUGUAAUUCCCUGAGUGAUGUGUUGGAUACCUUUUCCGAAGCACCUAAAUUUCCUAGUAGUAACUAUUUCUCAGCAAUGUGGACAAUUGCCAAAAGGAUGUCCGAUGACCAGAAGCGCUUUGAAAAACAACUGAUGUUUAACCACCCUGCAUUUACCCAGCUGUGUGAACAAAUGAUGAGAGAAGCCAAGAUCAUGCACUGUGACCACCUGCUGUUCAGUCUUCAUGCUAUAGUGAAGCUUGGUAUUCCUCAGAACACUCUGUUGGUACAGACUUUGCUGAGGGUGGUUCAGGAACGUAUCAAUGAGUGUGAUGAGAAAUGUCUUUCAGUUUUGUCAACUGUUUUAGAAGCAAUGGAGCCAUGCAAGAAUGUGGAUGUUCUUCGAGCAGGAUUGCGGAUACUAGUCGAUCAGCAGAUUUGGAAAAUAGAGCGUGUCUUCACAUUACAAGCCGUGAUGAGAAGUAUUGGAAAAGAUGCACCAAUUUCUCUGAAAAGGAAACUGGAGAUGAAGGCUUUGAGGGAAUUAGACAGAUUUUCUGUUUUGAAUAGCCAGCACAUGUUUGAGGUGCUAGCUGCUAUGGAUCACCGUUCUCUUAUACUUCUGAAUGAGUGCAGUAAGGUGGUCAUAGGUAAUAUCCAUGGGUGUCCUUUUAAAGUAUUGAUCAGCAUAUUGCAGUCUUGCAGAGACCUCCGAUACCGCAAUUUAGAUCUUUUCAAGGGAAUAGCAGAUUAUGUGGCUACAACAUUUGACAUCUGGAAGCUGAAACAAGUUCUUUUCCUCCUCAUUUUAUUUGAAAAUCUUGCCUUUCGACACACUGGUUUGAUGGACUUAUUUAUGAAGAAAGUGGUAGAUGAACCUCGCUUCUUGAACAUGAAGAGCGUUGUCUCCAUCCUGCACGUGUACUCCUCCCUGAACCACAUCCACAGCUGCCAGGCCCGAGAGUUCCUAGAUGUUAUGGGCGGUGCUCUGACUGGUUAUCUCCACCACAUCUCUUCUGAAAACCUAUUGAGUGCUGUGUGUUCAUUUUGCAUGAUGAACCAUUUUCCUUUGGCUCCUAUUAAUCAGCUUCUCCAGAAGGACAUCAUCAAUGAGCUGCUGAUGUCAGAUAACAAGGAGAGGAAUGUUCACAGGCUUCAUGUUUUGGCUGCCUGUCUAAAGCUUGACGAUGUUAAUUAUCACAAGUCCAUAGAUUUAGCUCCACCAUCACCUCCAUCUGCACCAUUGUAUCCAAAUGCCAAGGUCGCUGAGGUGCUGAGCAGCCUCCUGGGAGAGGGAUACUUCUCAGAAAAUGUACAGUUGCCACAUCAUUAUCAUAUUGAUUUCGAAAUCAGAAUGGACUCUAACAGGAGUCAAGUACUUCCACUUUCAGAUGCAAAUGUGGUAACUUCUGCUACAGAUAUCCAAAGAGUAGCUGUACUAUGUGUUCCUAGAUCUACCUACUGUUUGGAUUUAACCCAUCCCAGAGGAUUCCUUGCUAUGAAAAUGCGUCAUUUGAAAGUGAUGGGCUUUCAUGUGAUCUUGGUCAACAAUUGGGAGAUGGAGAAGCUAGCGAUGAAAGAUGCAGCCACAUUUUUGAAGUCUAAAAUCUAUUCAACUGAAGACCCUCCUACUGCGGAUGUUAAUUUUCAAAGCACAUGUUAAAGUAAAAAACAGCCUUCUCAUACUAGGAGAUAGACAGGCAUUUGUAAAAAUAACUUUAAUAAAGACUACAAUUCAGUUGUCAAUGGAAUUCACUUUACUGCUCACCAUACCAAAAAGUGUUACUUUAGUUCACUGUUAAAGUUAAUUUUAAGAAUGAAAGAAGUGUUUUUACUGGCAUUUUAGAAAACGCUGAGGAAAUUCCAGAAGGGUAAUUUUUCCAAUCAUAACUAUUCCCUCAAGUGCCCAGAUAUUUGACAAAUUCAUGAGCUGUAGGUUUUACUGUUUCUCAAUAGCUUUGAUGAAUGGAAAGCUGUUUUCUUAGUUGUGAUGGGUUGCAGGUAAGUUGGUGUGGGCAGUCCUUGUGUUUGGAUCUGCAUAUUUAUACUCUUGCUGUAGCUGCUUGGGGAGUCAGGCAUUGACCACAUUUCAAGCAUUGGCCACACAGCAGUUGGACCAGGUUAUCAAAUUGUAGACUAUAAUAAUGCAUGAGGUAGCUGGUUACAAAUGGGUGAGGAUUGGGCAUCUGCAUCUGUCACAUUCUAGGUGGAGGUGGUUUGUGGGCCAUACCAAGAGAAACGUGAGAUAACACAGAGAUGGCAAGGAGUCCAAGUUUAUUAAAACAGAUAGGCUGUGGGUUGUUCAACCUUUAACUCUUGCCAUUAUUAACGUCAUUCCUUUUUUUUCCUCUUUCCCCUUCCUACUAUUUUGUAAAGUCUUUUAAAUUAUAUGUAUAGCUGAACUGUGUUGUAUGUCAGACUUGAGGUCUAUUUUUCAGUUAUAUUCAUUCUUUUGUUGAAAUGUUUGUUCAAGUUUGCUGAACACCUGUCUACCUAUUAUUAUUCACUGGGGAUACAGUGAGUUUCACCUGUGAAACCAGUGCCAUGUAAGUUGGUAUUAUUUUAUACCCAUGCAAAAGACCGAAUGUUUAUAUUCCCCCAGAAUUCAUAGGUUGAAACCUAACCUCCAAUGUUAUGGUAUUUGGAGGUGCAGCUAUGGGAAAAGAUUAGGUCGUGAGGGUGGAGCCCUCAUGAAUUGGCUUGAAAGAGACCUCAGAGAUCUUCCUCUUUGCUUUUGCCAGGUGAGGGCACAGUGAGAUGACCAUUUAUGAAUUAGGAAAGGGGUCCUCACCAGUCACCAAAUCUGCCGGAACCUUGAUCUUGGACUUCCCAGCCUCCAGAACUGUAGAAAUAAAUCUGUGUUGUUUAUAAGCCACUCAAUCUAUGGUAUUCUGUUAAAGCAGCCUGGAUGAACUAAGACACCCAAACAUAUAGACAUGCAAUUACUAGACAUCUUGCUCUAUGCCAGGUACUGCUAAGUACUCACAUGUAUUCACUCUCUUCAUAUCUUAAUGAUGAAUUCUCUGAGGUGCAGCUGCUCUUGUGAUUCUUUUAGGUCCCUCAAUUCCUUAUCUCUACUAUGAGGAUAAAUUAUUUGCCAACACUACACAGAUAGGUCAGCUAGAGUUGGAACCUGAGCUGACAUGGGUUUCUGAGAAAAGUUGUGGGGAACCCCAGUAAAAGUGCUCCAGCUGUGUGACUGCAACUGUCAGGUUUUAUCAGUGAUCCAGUUUGCACUUAGAAAAGGUUAGUGCUGAAAGGAGGUUUAGCAAUCAUGUAACCCCCUCCCUCAGUUAUGGAGGAGGAAGUUAACUUCCCUGGAGUCUCAGCCACUCGACUUCCACCUCAUUUCACCCUCUACUGCUCUUCAGCUUGGGUCUCAGGGAAUCUGGAUUCUGGUUCCAGACUGGACAUCAUCUAGCUUCGUGUAUGUGGCCAAAUGCUUUAACCCUCAUAAGCUUCAGAACAAGAGUUGAAAAUACUGUUAAUAAAAAAACUAAGAUUCAUUCUUUAAA